CGUCCCGCCGCCGCCAUGAACCCGCUCUUCGGCCCCAACCUCUUCCUCCUGCCGCAGGAGCAGCAGGGGCUGGCGGGCCCCGAGCUGCCGCCGCCGCCCGCCGCCGAGCCCCUGUCCGGGGAGCCGCCCGCCGGCCCCUUCCCCGCGCCGCCCGCCGCCAUGGCCCUCCGCAACGACCUGGGCUCCAACAUCAGCGUCCUCAAGACGCUGAACCUGCGGUUCCGCUGCUUCCUGGCCAAGGUCCACGAGCUCGAGCGGCGCAACCGGCAGCUGGAGAAGCAGCUGCAGCAGGCGCUGGAGGAGGGGGCGGGCGGCCGCGGCCGCGGACCCCCGCGCCGGGACCAGGCGGUGCAGACCGGCUUCGUGGGUCCCAUCCGCACCCUGGGGCUGGGGCUGGGGCCGGGACUGGGGCUGGGCUCGGCCCGGGCGCUGGGGUCCCCCGGCUCCCGCCCCGGCGGUCCCGGGCAGCCCUCCGCCUACUCGGCCGGCUCCCGCUUCAUGCCCGGCACCAUCUGGUCCUUCUCGCAAGCGCGGCGGCUCGGCCCGGGGCCCGAGACCACCCUGGUGCAGGGACCGGGCGUCUCCUGGGUCCAUCCCGACGGGGUGGGUGUGCAGAUCGACACCAUCACCCCCGAGAUCCGAGCGCUCUACAACGUGCUGGCCAAGGUGAAGAGGGAGCGCGACGAGUACAAGCGCAGAUGGGAAGAGGAGUACACGGUGCGUGUCCAGCUUCAGGAUCGGGUGACUGAGCUGCAGGAGGUGAGCCUUGCUGUUCCCCCUUUCCCUGCACCCCGGCUGCCCCACACUGGUGCUGAUUUGCACAUCUCUCUCGCCCUGGCGCAGGAAGCCCAGGAGGCUGAAGCUUGCCAGGAAGAGCUGGCCAUGAAGGUGGAGCAGCUCAAGGCAGAGCUUGUUGUCUUCAAGGGACUGAUGAGCAAUAACAUCACGGAGCUGGACACCAAGAUCCAGGAGAAGGCCAUGAAGGUGGACAUGGACAUCUGCCGUCGCAUCGACAUCACUGCCAAGCUGUGUGAUGUGGCACAGCAGCGGAACUGCGAGGACAUGAUCAAGAUGUUUCAGAAGCAACUGGUUAGUUCCAUUCAGUUGAGAAAUUUAAAAAAUUCUAAACUUUCUUUAAAAAAGGUCCCAGCCUCGGUGGGGCGGAAGCGGGAGCGCAAGCAGGUCAGCGACGAGGACACCUCGCUGUCGGAGAGCGAUGCCUCCCGAAAACCUGACGAGGAGGAGGAGGACGAGACCACGGCCAUGAGUAUCAAUGAGGAAAUGCAGAGGAUGCUGAACCAGCUGAGGGAGUAUGACUUUGAGGAUGAUUGUGACAGCCUCACAUGGGAGGAGACAGAAGAAACGCUGCUCCUCUGGGAGGACUUCUCUGGAUACGCCAUUGCAGCCGCAGAGGUGCAGGGGGAGCAGCAGGAUGACAGCCUGGAAAAGGUGAUUAAGGACACGGAGUCGCUGUUCAAGAGCCGUGAGAAGGAAUACCAGGAAACCAUCGACCAAAUAGAGCUGGAACUGGCCACAGCCAAAAAUGACAUGAACCGGCACCUCCACGAGUACAUGGAAAUGUGCAGCAUGAAGCGAGGCUUGGAUGUGCAGAUGGAGACUUGCCGGCGGCUCAUCACCCAGUCUGGGGACAGAAAGUCUCCUGCCUUCACCCCGACCUCCAACAGCGAGUCAGCCCCGAAUGAGGAGAGCGAGGAAUCUGACCGUGAUCCCCCCAGCGAUGCUUCCAUCAGAUAAUGAGGGGAGGCCCGGCUCCCUCGGACCCCCUUCCUGGCACGGGGUUGCCUGAGUCACACCUGGGAGAGACUGUCAGGGACGUGGAACUGCUGGUAAACGUCUGUCGCCCAGGCUCACUCCCGUUUCGGGGUGCUUGGCAGAUCCCACACACCCCCUCACCGGAUACCUUGCAAAUGGGAAUAGCUAGAUAGACCCGAAGGCCCUUGCCUGGGCUGCUCUGCCUUCAGCCCCUUCUCUAUUCCCUUUCCCUGCUUUGGUUAAACUGUGGUUCGGGCAGGGAGGCUCCAAACCUGCCAUGGUGGCGUUCUGCAGGACCUGUUCCCAGGCGCCCCCAGACCCACCUCCUCUGGCCUCCGUCCUGGUACUCUUGACCUGCCCCUGCCCUCCCUGCACUGCACGGAGCCGAACGAGAGCCGUACCUCCCUGCAAACUGGACCUGACACUGGUGCCAACUGGACCGAGCCCGGGGCUCUCCCUGUCCUUGCUGCUGGCCGGGCGCCUGGCUGGUGCCCACGCCGUGCCGGGCACCCCGAGCCCUCCCACGCCUUCUCCAGGGCGGGGGCCGAGUCCCGCUCACUGUGCACUUUGCUUUGCCGCCCGUCGGCGAUGCGCUCACGUCUGUGUUACGGGGGCGAGGUCAUUAAAUGGGACAAUUUCCUUUUCUACA